GGAUGGCUGUCGGUCUGUUUCAAACAUGGCGGAACCACCAGCCACGGACCCGCAGUGUGGAGCACAUUUUCACAAAGAAAGAAAAAAAUACACCCCGGAGGAGGAGGCCAAGCUGGAAAGGCAGCACUUCUGGAGAAUUAUCGAUGCGUUUAGAUUUUACAGGUACCAUGUCCAGGAGCAGGUCAAACGGGCCGAGCGACAGUUUCAGAGCCUCUCGCCAAGACACCAAAGGCUGCUGCCCGGUGUUCCGUCCAACCUGGGCCGGAUCAGGCAGUGCGCCGAACACAACCAAGAGGUUCUGGACGCCAUCGUCCACAACAGCCUUCACAUGUUUGAGAACGUGGAAUAUGGGGAAAGGGAGGAUCCGAGGAAGACUCGUCCAUCCUCUACGUUUGACAUGGACAAACUAAAGUCCACCAUAAAGCAGUUUGUCAGAGACUGGAGUGAAACAGGCCAGGCAGAGAGGGACUCUUGCUACAAACCCAUCAUCCAAGAGAUCCAGAGGCUCUUCCCGAGUGACCAAUAUGAUGUGUCUAGGGUGAGUGUGCUGAUUCCUGGUGCCGGGCUUGGUCGACUUGCCUGGGAGAUAGCUCGGCUGGGGUACGCAUGCCAGGGCAACGAAUGGAGCUUCUUCAUGCUCUUCUCCUCAAACUUUGUGCUCAACAGGUGUGAGACGGAGAAUGAACUGACCCUGUAUCCCUGGAUCCACCAGUUCAGCAACAACAAGAAAUCCUCCGACCAAACGCGACCAAUCAGAUUCCCCGACGUUAAUCCUCAGAGUCUGCCGCUUAAUACAGACUUCUCCAUGGUAGCGGGGGACUUCGUGGAGGUUUAUAGUGAACCAGAGUGCUGGGACUGUGUGGCAACCUGCUUCUUUAUUGACACAGCUAAUAAUGUCUUGGAGUAUGUGGACACUAUCUGGAAAAUUCUUAAGCCUGGAGGAGUAUGGAUAAACCUUGGCCCACUGCUGUAUCACUUUGAGAAUAUAGCCAACGAGCUCUCUAUUGAACUUAGCUACGACGACAUUAGGACAGCAAUGGUAAAAUAUGGCUUCAUUUUUGAGGUGGAAAAAGAGUCUAUGCAGACAACGUACACUGAGAACAGUUGCUCUAUGCUGAGGUACGUUUAUGACUGCGUCUUCUUUGUCGCUCGAAAACCUUCAGAGCUGCAGUUUAACGGCCAAGAAGACAAAGAGCACCAACAAAAUUCUCCACCAGCUGCUAAGUCAUCCAGGCGAGAGGGCAGCAACAGGCUAACGUGACAUGAAAUGCUUGGGUAAACACAGCUCACCUAGUGAAGUUUGACAUAAGAAAUGUGGAAAGAAAAAAAAUUCUCCUUGAAUAUAUCCUUUAAAUUGCCUCUCUUUGAAAAGUGCUUACAACAUUAUGAGGUUUUUUUUGGAGCUCUGAAGCAUCUGAAUACAGCUGAAAAUAUGGGUUGUGUGAAGCAGGCGUAGGCAAGUUUGUGAUUCUCAUAGUACAAAAUUGAGGAAAAAAAGUUGUUUUUACAAGAUCAGAAUAUUGCCGGCCUUUUUAAACAUAAAUGCAUCACAUUAUCCAAUUUCCCCUUUUAUUUUAAAACUGCCAAAUUUGUCAUUCUUCUAUUUGAUGAAAAAGUCUCGUGCUGUUCUUUCAGCCAGCUGACUGGCAGUGGAAAGCAUCAAAUUGGGGUGAAACAAUACUGACUAUGCUAUUUUUAAACUCAGCUUACUGCGGCACUUUCCCUGGUAUCUUAUUUAAGGGAGGGUAAAUUGUGGAGGCGGUUAAAUGAAUGAAUAUUUUAGCAGUUUUUGAAGCCAGCUUUUAAAAACCCUGACACUGGUCACUGGCCCGUGCGUGGUAUCAAGUAUUGUUGGACUGCAAUAUCAGCUUUAAAAACGUCUCAUCACUUUUUUGAAUAUGAGGGUGAGAGGUAAUGAAGUUACCAGAAGCUACAAGUUUGUUUGUUUUCUAUUGGUUUGUCGUGAGCUCCGAGCCAUUUGGAGUUUGCUUCGUUUACCCAUUAUGUCUCAGUCCUAACUUAUUCCUACUUCCCUCGUCACAGUUUGUAUGCAUUCACUUGUGCCUCUGCAACUGAAUUACACAUUUUGAAAUGUAUUUAUUUUUACUUACAUUAUCUUAUUUGUAUCGGUCACUGUUCAGUUUUUAAGUUUUGUAGCUGUUGUCUUUAUUUUCUUUGAAAUAAAGCUAAACAUUUUGAAAGAAA